UGAGUACGAGAGGUUAGGGGAGCUGACCGAGGUUGCACAGCCAGGCACUGGAAUCCCAAGGGUCGGAAUCCAAGCCCAAAGACGGCACUUUCAUAAAACCAAACCAAACCAAAGAAAAUCAGGGAGCAAGAGUUUGUUCCCGGCUGGGAGUGAAAAAGGCCCCCAGAGGAGGAAGGCACCCAAGAAGAAAGGGAAGAAAGGGAAAACCAAAGGUGCCCCGAUUGUUGACGGGCUUGCUCCAGAGGACAUGAGCAAGGAGCAGGUGGAGGAGCACGUCAGCCGCAUCCGCGAGGAGCUGGACCGGGAGCGGGAGGAGCGCAACUACUUCCAGCUGGAGCGGGACAAGAUCCACACCUUCUGGGAGAUCACGCGGAGGCAGCUGGAAGAGAAGAAGGCCGAGCUGCGCAACAAAGACCGGGAGAUGGAGGAGGCUGAAGAGAGGCACCAGGUUGAGAUCAAGGUGUACAAGCAGAAGGUGAAACACCUGCUGUACGAGCAUCAGAACAACCUGACGGAGAUGAAGGCCGAGGGCACUGUGGUCAUGAAGCUGGCGCAGAAGGAGCACCGCACGCAGGAGGGAGCACUGCGCAAGGACAUGCGGGCGCUGAAGGUGGAGCUCAAGGAACAGGAGCUGGCCAACGAGGUGGUGGUGAAGAACCUGCGGCUGAAGCACACGGAGGAGAUCACCAAGAUGCGGAAUGACUUUGAGAGGCAGGUGCGAGAAAUUGAGGCCAAGUAUGACAAAAAGAUGAAGAUGCUCAGGGAUGAACUCGACCUGCGGAGAAAGACCGAGAUCCACGAGGUGGAGGAGAGGAAGAACGGCCAGAUCAACGCGCUGAUGCAGCGGCACGAGGAGGCCUUUACGGACAUCAAGAACUACUACAACGACAUCACCCUCAACAACCUGGCGCUCAUCAACUCCCUCAAGGAACAGAUGGAAGACAUGCGCAAGAAGGAGGACCACUUGGAGAAGGAGAUGAUGGAGGUGUCCGUGCAGAACCGGCGCCUGGCAGACCCCCUCCAGAAGGCUCGCGACGACAUGAAUGAGAUGCAGAAGAAGCUGGGCAGCUACGAGAGAGACAAGCAGAUCCUGCUGCGCACAAAAGCACGUUUGAAGGUCGCGGAGAAGGAGCUGAAGGACCUGCAGUGGGAACAUGAGGUGCUCGAGCAGCGGUUCGUCAAGGUGCAGCAGGAGCGGGACGAGCUGUACAGGAAGUUCACGGCGGCCAUCCUGGAGGUGCAGCAGAAGGUGGGCUUCAAGAACCUGGUUCUGGAGCGGAAGAUGCAGGCGCUGAGUGCUGCCGUGGAGAAGAAGGAGGCACAGUUCAAUGAGGUGCUGGCAGCCUCCAACCUGGACCCCGCGGCGCUGACCCUCGUGUCCCGCAAACUGGAGGACGUUCUCGAAUCAAAGAACAGCACCAUCAAGGACUUGCAGUAUGAGCUGGCCCGGGUCUGCAAGGUACCUGGAGCCCCUGCCCCCUCUCAGGGCCCCACCUUGUCUACACCUUGGAGGUACACAUGGCCUGAGGCUGUCUGGGCCUUUUCAGGUCACUCAGUGUGUGGCCUGGGCUGCAUCCCCACAACUCUAGCUACUGUUCUGGUGUCCCUUCCGGGGUCUGCUCAGUGGCUAUCUGGCCCACAACGACCUGCUGCGCACCUAUGAGGCGAAGCUCCUGGCCUUUGGGAUCCCUCUGGACAAUGUGGGCUUCAAGCCUCUGGAGACAGCUGUGAUUGGGCAGACGCUGGGCCAGGGCCCUGCAGGACUCGUGAG